AUGAUGGCUUCGGCCUUGUCACUCCGCCUUACGGCAACAACGCUCUUCGCCCUCUCCGUCUCAGCUAUGCUAUCAACCCCCAUGGAAGCUCUUCUCCUCCGGAAAGCCGACGAUGUUCUUCACCAGCCAUACGUCUCCUUAAUCGCACCAUCACUAGCAGAGCGUGACGGAAACACCACCAUCGAUCAGCUCCCCGCCGGUGACGUCCCUCUGAACAAGGACGGUUCAUUAAACCUCACAGCCUGGAACAUGGACACCAACGCCGCAUGCCGCUCAGUCCUUGGGGGUCUGCACAAGAGCACAAAUCCCUCUGGCGCAUGCGUGUGCUACAACUUGCCAUCUCUGGAUGUCAAGACGGGUGUUUUUGAAGCCGAUCUGCGAUUGUACCAAGUAUCGCAAGCUAGAGGCAGUUUUGCUGCUGUGGCGCCAGAGGACAUCAACGUCGGAAUCUCAUACGAUGGUGCAAGCGUAAUGCCCAUCCAGCCCAACGAUGUGAACGGCACAGGCCUCACUGGUGAUAAGCCUAGCAUGGGGAAGAGAGCAGAGGAGGGAUUGAAGCUUCUACAAUCGUACAUGCUCGUCGGAAGAAUUGACGCGGCCAAGAUGACGGAUAACAUGACUAUGGAUGAACUCGAAAAGCACAUUAUGCCAACCCUCACCCUCACAGCCCGUAACAGCACAGGCAGCAUGAUCCGCACAACCGUCUCAAUCAACGAAGCCGCCUUUCUCACCGGCGUCUUCUCCCAGGACGUGAUCAUGUCCGACUUCGCCAUGGCCUCCGCCGCCGUUGACGAGCAGGUUGCAGCCCUCGCCAACGGCACCGUCGCCUUCAUCCUUCCCGGCGUGCAGCUCAUGGUCUUCCCCAUCGGCCUGAUCAUGAUGAGCACAUGGUUGCUCAUCUUCGUUGUGGCCGUUGGCUUCGGUACGUACGAGCGCUACAACUACGCUCUUAUGUACAGGCGCAGACAGGCCAUCACCAUGCCCAAGAAGGCGACGAUAUGA